AUGGCUAGAGUUGAAGUUGCCAACUUUGUUCUGAUUAGCAUUCUAGGUUUCUUUUUGUCCAACGCGGUCGCCGCCACUGAUUUCCGACAACUUUGCGGGCAAACAUCCCACAAAGACGUCUGCAUCUCAGUCAUCCAAUCUGAUCCUCGGAACAACUUGAAGAAUAGUCCCAGUGCCAUUUGCACCAUUCUCAACGACAAGGCCCAAAGCGCCACCGACCCAUUUCUUUCAGAGGAUCUUAAAUCUUGCUCUGCUGACUACGAUGAGAUCGUUUCCACAUUGAAGGCCCUCAACUUUUCGGUGCUCAACAAUCAGACGUACGUAGAUUUGAAUAUUGGGCUGUCACUAGUCGCUAGCAGGCCUGAUGAUUGUGAAGAUUCGUUCAAGUUAAACCAGCCCAAGCCCAUUCGUUCUCCGUUGACGGCGGACAACAAAAUUUUGGGGGAUAUUAUUUCUACCACUUGGAAUGUUUUGAACCUUGAUCACUGUGGUAAUAUUACUUGCCAGUAA